AUGGGAACGUCCUCUCCCACCCGCUCUCUCUCCCACCCGCUCUCUCUCCCACCCGCUCUCUCUCCCACCCGCUCUCUCUCCCACCCGCUCUCUCUCCCACCCGCUCUCUCUCCCACCCGCUCUCUCUCCCACCCGCUCUCUCUCCCACCCGCUCUCUCUCCCACCCGCUCUCUCUCCCACCCGCUCUCUCUCCCACCCGCUCUCUCUCCCACCCGCUCUCUCUCCCACCCGCUCUCUCUCCCACCCGCUCUCUCUCCCACCCGCUCUCUCUCCCACCCGCUCUCUCUCCCACCCGCUCUCUCUCCCACCCGCUCUCUCUCCCACCCGCUCUCUCUCCCACCCGCUCUCUCUCCCACCCGCUCUCUCUCCCACCCGCUCUCUCUCCCACCCGCUCUCUCUCCCACCCGCUCUCUCUCCCACCCGCUCUCUCUCCCACCCGCUCUCUCUCCCACCCGCUCUCUCUCCCACCCGCUCUCUCUCCCACCCGCUCUCUCCCACCGCUCUCUCCCACCCGCUCUCUCCCACCGCGCUCUCUCCCUCCCCGCUCUCCCCCACCCCGCUCACUCCCACCCUGCUCUCGCCCACCGCGCUCACUCCCACCGUGCUUACUCCCACCCCUCGCAUGCCAUUGCUCCGCUCAUCAGCUUCCCCCCACAUGCCCCUCACAUGCCCCUCACAUGCCCCUCCGCUCACAUGCCCCUCACAUGCCCCUCUCCUCCCUUCACAUGCCCUUCACAUGCCCUUCACAUGCCCUUCACAUGCCCUUCACAUGCCCUUCACAUGCCCUUCACAUGCCCUUCACAUCCCCCUCACGUGCCCCUCACGUGCCCCUCACGUGCCCCUCACGUGCCCCUCACGUGCCCCUCACGUGCUCCACCCUCUGCAGCAGCCGCAGCGGUGCGGCGUGGCUGGACUUUUUGUCGCGCGCGCGCAGUGCGCUUGUGUGAAUGCCCGUUUGUGUGA